AAUCGAAAUUGUGAAAAGAUUGGAUCCGUUCUAUUUUAUUUACAUAACAAAAACAAAAUUUAAUUUAAAAAAUAUGAAAAAUAAUUGUAAAAAUUGAAAAGAAAUAAUUGAUAUUAAAAUUUAAUAUUGAUAAGUUUAACAGACCUUUUUAUUUUAAACUUAAUACGCUUCUGUGUUUAUACAGGUGACCGUACCUACCUAUACAAAACCUCUCAGGUGACGUUGCAACCUGCUUUCUAUUCUUCAGUUCAAUGAUUGUAAACAAAAGUGAACACUAACUAUACAACUAAAUAAAAAUGGCCCGUUAUUUUCGUGAACAAGAUAUAGAUGAAUAUCGAGAAUGUUUUUACCUUUUCUCACGAUCCGGACAAAUUAAAUCACUUGAUGAGUUAACUGUAAUUAUGAGAAGUUUGGGCUUGUCGCCAACAAUUGCAGAAUUGACGGGAUAUUUAAAAGGGAAGGGCGGAAAAAUGAGCUUUGCAGAUUUUUUGGAAGUAAUGUAUGUGCAUGCGCGUGCUGAAAAAUUACCUAAAGAAAUAGUAGACGCUUUUAAAGCGGGCGAUAAAAGUGGAUCAGGAUUAAUACCAGCAUCACAGUUACGGCACAUGUUGCAACAUUGGGGUGAACGUUUAUCAGGACGAGAGGUAGAUAAUAUAUUUCGUGAAGCUAAUGUGCAUAAUGGUGGCCAGGUUCAUUAUGAAGAUUUUAUCAAAAUUGCUUGUGCACCGGUUCCAGAUUAUUAUUAAUGUUA